GACAUACACAUAUAUAUCGUUGGCUCAUCCCUCGAAUCCGAGGAUUGAUUUCUUCUCCUGGACGAAUAUUUGAACCAUUGAUGUCAUCAGCGAAAAUACGUGUCAUUAUGCAGUUUAUUUCAAGAUUCCUUACCAAUAGAGAAAGAACCGGUUUCUAACCUAGAUCCAGCAUGCAUCCAGUGAUGCUCAAUGUGUUUCGCAGGACCUUCUCUCAAGUGUCAGGUCUUAAUGAUGUGAUAAUAGCCAGCUAUGUGAGGACACCUAUCAUUCCCUUUCUGGGUGCCAUGGCAUCGGUACCAGCACCCAAACUGGGGUCAGUGGUCAUUACUGAAGCUCUGAAGAAAGCAGGUAUUAGCAGUGAAGAUGUGCAGGAGGUGUACAUGGGCAAUGUAUUGCAAGCUGCCUCCGGACAGGCACCAACACGUCAAGCUCUGCUUGGAGCAGGUUUGCCCAUCUCAACUCCGGCCACAACUGUGAACAAAGUCUGUGCUUCUGGUAUGAAGUCUGUUAUGAUGGCUGCCCAGAGUUUAAUGUGUGGACAUCAGGAAGUCAUGAUUGCCGGUGGAAUGGAAAGUAUGUCAAAUGUACCACUUUAUAUGCUACGAUCUGGCACUCCUUAUGGAGGGGUUAAGCUCUUAGAUGGAAUUGUUUUUGAUGGAUUAACUGAUGCCUAUGAUCACAUCCAUAUGGGAAACUGUGCUGAGGACACUGCUAAAAAAUAUGACAUCUCACGUGCAGAACAAGAUGAACAUGCUGUUAUGAGUUACAAACGUAGUCAGAAGGCUUGUGAUGAGGGUAUCUUGGCAGCUGAAAUUACACCUGUUCAGAUACCAAAGAAAAAAGGAGAAACAGUAACCAUAUCUAAAGAUGAAGAGUUGCAUAAAAUGAAACUAGACAAAGUCCCCAGUCUCAGACCAGUGUUCCAAAAGGCAGAAGGUACCGUGACUGUAGCUAACUCCAGUAAAUUAGAUGAUGGUGCUGCUGCUAUGGUUCUCAUGACAGCACAGGCAGCCGACAGGUUAAAGGUGAAACCACUGGCUCGAAUUGUUGGUUUUGCUGAUGCUGCCAAGAACCCAAUUGAUUUCCCGACAGCCCCAGCUGUAGCCAUGGAGAAGCUUUUGGCCCAGUUUGGUAAGAAUGUAUCUGACAUAUCAAUGUGGGAAAUAAAUGAAGCAUUCAGUGUGGUUGUAUUGGCCUGCAACAAAUUGAUGGGUCUUGAUCCUGCCAAAGUGAACAUUCAUGGUGGUGCUGUUAGUUUGGGCCACCCAAUCGGAAUGUCUGGAACCCGAAUCACAGGAAGGAUGGCAUUGAACCUGAAGCCUGGAGAACUUGGAGUUGCUGGAAUCUGUAAUGGUGGUGGUGGUGCUUCAGCCAUUAUGAUUGAAGGUCUUUAGACUGAACCUUAGCACUUAGGAUAGUGCUUAGUUGUAUGAGCAGAACGUUUACGACUUGGUGCUGCUGUUAUAUAUUUUUUUACAUAUC